AUGUUUUCAGAUGACAAGGCACAGCAAGAACAAUACAGCAGGUGCAUUCUACAGUUAUGCGGAGCGGCAGAAGGAUUCGAAGGACUCAGGCUUUCCAAGGAUUCAGUCGGCGAGUUUGACGUGUGCAAUCUCAGCCUCCAAAUUUGCAAGGAUCCAGUUGUUACUCCAGAGGGAGUUAUCUACGAUCGAGAAGCCAUACUUACUUACAUGCUUGACCAAAAGACCAAAAUCGCCCAAACAAAAAAGAGAAAGUUAAAAGAGGCCGCAGCAGAAGAAGCCGAAGAAGAGCUCCCCAAAAAAGUCUUCAAAGGCGAAUCUACAAGAGAUGUUGCAACCGAUCGUUUCGGAUCCGGCACAGCGAGUUUCUGGGAUGCAAGCAAAGCGCCAACAACGAAGAAAGAAAGCGCAUUCAAGGAAAAGGACGUCGACAAAGUGCGCGAUCCAGUGACUGGCUCGAUCUUGAAACUCAAGAAACUUGUGAAAAUUAAAUUCACUCCAGUUGAUCCAACCAUGAGCGAAACAAAGCGACAGGCUAGCAAGUCAAGAUGGAAGUGCCCAGUUACAGGCGAUAUUCUGUCGAACAAGAUUGCCUGUGUUGUUAUCAAGCCAACUGGAGAUGUCGUAACUUCAAAGGCAGCUGAUGUGAUGAAGAAAGAUAUGAUCUUUCCGAUCGGAGACGUAGCGUUGAAGAGCACAGAUUUCAUCCCUCUGCGGCGUGGAGGCACUGGAUUCGCCUCUGCUAACGAAGGGCUCGCUGCAAAGAUGUACAGACCUGUCAUGCAAGCAUAG